AUGGGUUGCAAGCUAACAUUUGUCGAUGACAUCUUAAACCGGUCAUUUUAUAAGCUUGGUCUGGUCGUCGGCAAGCAGCCGGGAUACUUCAUCAUUAUACCAGUUCUCCUAACUUUACUCAUGGUCACUGGCUAUCAGCGGGUGCACUAUGAAAUGGACCCAGAAUACCUUUUCUCACCGGUCAGCGGUCAAGGGAAAUUGGAAAGACGUAUCGUUGAAGAACAUUUCAAAGUAAAUUACUCGCACAGAUUCAAUGUAGGGAGAGUAACACGAGCAGGUAGGUUCGGGCGAGUGAUCAUCGUUGCGAAAGACAAUCAAACCAACCUGCUGCGGACAGAAGUAUGGAAAGAAUUAAGACAACUAGAUGAAUACGUUCAGAAUAUAACUGUGACAUUGGAAGACGGUGAAACAUUCACGUAUAGAGAGGAAUGCGCAAGAUGGGAAGGACAAUGCUUCACCAACGAUAUAUUAAAUUUGGAUAAGAUUAUUGGAGAGGUUGAGCGAGGCGAAUUGAACUUGACGUUUCCGAUAAUGUUCAAUCCUGUCACGUGGGAGGCUCACGCUUUCCCUGUUUUUUUCGGCGGUUCAACUGUGGUAGAUGACACUAUAGUAUCGGUGCCCGCCGUUCAGCUUGUAUGGUUCGUCAGAACAGACACUAAACUGCAGCAGCAACGAGGUGCAGCUUGGGAAGAUGCGUUUCUGGAUGCUGUCGGUGUAGCAGAAGACACGGGACGAUUUAAACAUAUUUCGAUAGCGCGAUUCGCGUCACGAACACUAGAUCAUGAACUUGAGAAGAACACGAGAACUGUCAUACCAUUUUUCAGCUCCACAUUUAUCCUUAUGGGGAUAUUUUCAGUAGUGACCUGUAUGAUGGGAGACUGGGUCAGAUCCAAACCCUGGCUCGGUUUACUUGGAAAUAUAUCAGCUGUAAUGGCAACGAUUGCUGCUUUCGGUUGUGCGAUUUAUUUAGGCAUUUCUUUCAUCGGUAUCAAUCUUGCCGCGCCGUUCUUAAUGAUUGGAAUAGGUAUUGACGAUACAUUCGUGAUGUUGGCUGCCUGGCGCCGCACGUCCCCUCGUCUGCCGGUCCCUGAGCGGAUGGCCAUCAUGCUGUCAGAAGCUGCUGUCUCCAUCACUAUAACUUCGGUCACUGAUAUGCUGUCAUUCUUCAUAGGCAUCUUCUCACCAUUCCCAUCGGUUCAAAUAUUUUGCAUGUAUUCAGGUCUUGCAGUUUGUUUUACGUUUGUAUGGCACCUAACAUUUUUCGCCGGAUGCGUGGCUGUGUCCGGGUACAGGGAGAAAAGCAAUCGUCACACUAUUACGAUGUUGAAAGUAUUACCGGAAUCUAGAGCUAGGAAAGAAGAGAAAUCAUGGUUGUAUAGAAUUUUCUGCAGCGGUGGCAUUGAUCAGGCUGAUCCAGACAACCCAAUAGACAACAAAGAACAUUGCAUUAUGGCCUUCUUCCGCACUACUAUGGCGAAUCUGCUCAAUAAUAGUUUCGUCAAGGCUUUAGUCAUACUCAUAUUCUUAGGAUACUUAGCUGGCGCCGGUUAUGGUGUGACGAAUCUAAAAGAAGGUUUAGAAAGAAGGAAACUGUCGAAAGUUGAUUCUUAUUCUGUGGAAUUUUUUGACCGAGAGGAUUUAUAUUACCGGGAAUUUCCUUAUCGAAUUCAGGUUGUAAUAAGCGGUAAAUACAAUUACUCCGAUCCUAAAAUCCAGGAUGAGGUUGAGAUUUUGACGCAAAGACUAGAAAAUACUUCGUACAUAUCGAAUUCUUUGUAUACCGAAUCCUGGUUGCGGACUUUUGUGAAUUAUGUGGAGAGAAAUAAUGAUUAUCUAAACAUAUCAAUCGAUUCCGAGGAAGACUUUAUCAAGAAUCUUAAAGAGUUGUGGCUGUUUUCGGCAAAUCCAUUUUCGCUCGACGUGAAAUUCAAUAAAGAGGGAGACCAAAUUCUUGCAUCUAGAUUUCUUAUUCAAGCUAUCAAUAUUAGUGGAACUAACCACGAAAAGGAAAUGGUUAAAGCUCUAAGAGAAGUCGUUGCCCAAUCUCCACUUAACGCUACCGUAUUUCACCCUUAUUUCGUGUUUUUCGAUCAGUUCGAGCUCGUGAGACCUACAUCUUUACAAAACCUCUGUUACGGAGCUUUGAUGAUGAUGAUAACUUCGUUUAUAUUCAUACCCAAUAUACUGUGCUCAUUAUGGGUGGCUUUCAGUAUAAUAUCCAUAGAAAUUGGAGUAGUUGGUUAUAUGGCGUUAUGGGAUAUUAAUCUGGACUCAAUAUCAAUGAUAAACCUUAUAAUGUGCAUUGGAUUCUCAGUUGACUUCACUGCACACAUUUGUUAUGCUUAUAUGGCGUCGAAAGCUAAGUAUCCCAGAGAAAGAGUGAGCGAAUGUCUCUACUCAUUAGGAUUGCCUAUUGUUCAAGGAUCAUUCAGUACAAUACUAGGAGUUGUUGCAUUACUACUCGCAGACAGUUAUAUCUUCUCGGUAUUUUUCAAAAUGGUAUUCAUGGUAAUUUUCUUCGGUGCGAUGCACGGUUUAUUCCUUCUACCAGUUCUUUUGUCCCUAUUUGGUCCAGGAUCAUGUACGAGGGAAACGAAGGAAAUAAAAAUAGCAAAAGUAGACAAGAUAUUCCCGAACCCGUAUUGCUUGCCGCAUCCUCAAUUGGUUCUGAAUGAUCAAAUUUAUAAUGGGAAGAAUAUAAAUCCGAACGGUAUUUACAAAAUAUACGGAGACGACAAGGAUCUUGGAAUCGGCACGUCAGGUGAAGAUACUAGUGAGAGCAGCUCGAAUCAAUCACAAAGACGUCAAAUCAGCAGCGACGAAAACAGCAGAAAGAAUUACGAAGACGGAUGGAAGAAAUUCGGCUAUCAUCAGAGCACAAGCCAGUUCCAACCCUCGGGGGAGCUCGAUUUGUAUGAGCACGAUCAUGAUAGGGCCUGGCAAAGACAACGCAACUAUCGCAGUCAAGAUAGUUACAAAAGACCAAGCCACAGAGACGGCGACUUUAUAAGAACGAGGAAAACUAGCGACGCCGUACCAGCGAAUGAAGGGACAUACAGAGUGAUGAGAACGCACUCCCAUCACAACCUUCAUAGGCCUCGAGCUCCCAGACGAACAAACUCAACCCAGAAUCUCGACCACAUAAACUACGUCGGAGAAAUGCGUUUUCCUUGA